CCUCGCAAACCACACUGUGACCCUGCACAGGUGGGGAAUUUUGCUGAGCGCACAGGCGGAAGGUACGCAGACGAGAUAGAAAGCGCGGCCGUGGUGUAUGUAUUCUGUGUGUGUCCAUCUCGCUUGUCUCAGCGGUUGGCAGGAGAGCCUGUCAGCCACCGCAGCGGUCAAGGCACCGCUUCGCUUUCGUGUGAGUGCGCGUGCGUCCUUUACAGAGCACAAUGGGUGGUUCAUCACGUCCUCAAUGGCGAGCGCUGCUCCUGCUGGUCCCCUUGGUGGGGCUGGGGAUGUUCACCGGGUCCGCAGAAGGGUUUGAUCUCUUCCCGGGCAUCGGUGACAUCACCGACCUCAUCUUCAGCCCACCCCUUAUUGUAGGCGACCGGCCCACACGCGUCAAACGAGUCACGCCUAUCUAUCUUCGUCAUUUGCUGUGUGUGGGCGGGCUGAUCUGGCUGAUCUGGCUGACUGGGUGGCUGGGCUGCAGGGUUCGUCGGUGAACAAUCCGGACAUCGGCAACUUGAACUACGACCUGUUCUACGUUGAGCUGGAGCAGGAGAACCUCCCCGGUGCGUGCCUGUUCAAUGCCCUGGGCGCCGUCCGCAACCCCAACCCCAGUGUGGAUACCGUGGAGGAGUGCCUCGAGGACUGCGCAGCGAAAGAAUCCAACAGCCGGUGCCUCGGCGUACAGUUCUCCGGCAGCGACGAUCCUGGUGGUACGUACCUGGGGUGGGUGGGGACUGCCGCCCACCACACACACCAUUUGUGUGUCUGUUUGUGUGUGUCCAUUGUCUGUCUGUCUGUCUGUCUGCGUGUGUCCCCGUCGGCCGUUUGCUUGGUGUUUGUGUUGUGUGCCAAUUGGCACUCCACUCACUCAGAGUUUGAGAAUGUGUGUCUGUUUUCGAUUGGGUCUCUUACGGAGAGUGACGUGACAGCGAUAGCCUGCUUCAAGAGGAACAUAACAGACGACGACCCCGCCCUCGCCACCGAGGACGACGAGUUCAUCGAGGUGGGCUUGGGCGAGUGCAGAGAUGAUGACGGCAACAUCCUCAUUGAAGCCAUUGGUACGAUUCAGCCAAUGCACACACACACACAUAGACAGACGGACGGACAGGGGCAUCUGUUCUUCUGUCUCCCUCCCUCUCAGACCCGACUGACGACCUGAAAGUGGGCAGCAAGGACGAGUGUGAUGAGGCAUGUCUCACUGGAGACCCCCGGAUUUUCCCAGCGGGCUUCGACUUCGAGGGCCAGACGUGCCUGGGCUACGAGUUCGCAUCCAUCGGGUCCAUCUUCGGCGCCUGUGAGUUCAUCUUCAGCGCAACACCAAACACAUCCGCCCCCACAAGUUGCUUCUCAAAGAGUAAGUAAUCCACACGCUCGUGCACACACAUACAGAGCGAGCGCGAGCGAGAGGGAGAGACGUGUUCGCCUCUCUCUCCUUCCUUCAGACUUGGUGAUCCAGGCGAUAGACACGACCAACAAGAUCCAGUUCCUGACGCGAUAGGCCAACAUCAGCCACGUCAGCACACCCUGCGCCACACAGACGUGCACGUGUGUACUUAUUGUGGAUGGACGAGUGGGCACCCGUCUGACUGUCCUGGGCUUGUGGCCCAGCCGGACCUUUUCGGCUGGUUCAUGCUACGUUCGUGCUACGUGUUGAGGUGUGUGGGCGUG